AAUUAGAUUAACGAAGGCUUUCCUCAGAUAAUCAUUGAGCAGCUCCUGUUUUUUCCUGCGAUGCAGCGCUGCUGGCCGCCUGUGAGCUCGCUGAAGGUCAAACUGUAUUUCUGAACCAACAGGCUGCUUUUGGGAGUAAAGUGUGUUGUUGGAGCAGGUGUGUGUGUGUGCGGACCGCCGGCCGAGGAGCUGCGGCGGGUUAUGGGCUGUUUCUGGAGCUGUGUGUGUGACGCUGCUCGGUGUGAUCGGACCGCCACUAAUACCUGCUGCUGCUAACAGGAGGCGAUGGGGGAAGUUUGUUCACAGAGUCCCUGUCAGACCAGAUCUGCACCUCAGGCCGACCACUGAGUCCGUGUUUUUCGGGAAGGCCUCUGUCAAACCCCAGAGGAAGGAGACAUGGCCAACAGCUCUUUUCGUGGGUCCAAACAUGGCCGCCGCGCCGAGGCCAACCAUCAGACGGAGUUCAGCUGCUCGUUGCAGGAGCUGCGCUCGCUCAUGGAGCUGAGAGGAGCAGAGGCGCUGACCAGGAUCCAGGAGUCUUAUGGAGACGUUAACGGACUGUGUGCCAGACUGAGGACGUCACCUAUCGAAGGUUUAGAUGGAAACUCAGACGACAUCGACAGAAGGAUAGAGGAGUUCGGACAGAAUGUCAUCCCUCCUAAAAAGCCAAAAACCUUUGUGCAGUUAGUGUGGGAAGCCCUGCAGGACGUCACGCUCAUCAUCCUGGAGGUGGCUGCCAUCAUUUCACUCGGCCUUUCUUUCUACAAACCGCCAGACGCUGAGAGACAGAACUGUGGCUCGGCAGCCGGCGGUAUAGAGGAGGACGGCGAGGCGGAGGCGGGCUGGAUUGAAGGCGCUGCCAUCCUGCUGUCGGUGGUGUGUGUGGUCCUGGUGACGGCCUUCAACGACUGGAGCAAAGAGAAGCAGUUCCGCGGCCUCCAGAGCCGCAUCGAGCAGGAGCAGAAGUUCACCGUGGUCCGAGGGGGGCAGGUUGUUCAGAUCAAAGUGUCCGAGAUCGUCGUCGGUGACAUAGCACAAGUGAAAUAUGGUGACCUCCUCCCCGCCGACGGCGUCCUGAUUCAGGGCAACGAUCUGAAGAUUGAUGAGAGCUCUCUGACUGGAGAGUCGGAUCAUGUCAAGAAGAGCGUUGACAAAGACCCGAUGAUGCUUUCAGGUACCCAUGUGAUGGAGGGCUCCGGUAAGAUGGUGGUUACUGGUGUAGGUGAGAACUCUCAGACUGGAAUCAUCUUCAAGCUGCUCGGUGCCAGCGAUGAAGGUGACGGUGACGGCGAGGAAGAGAAAAAGAAGAAAGAGAAAGACAAGAAGAAAGAAGAGCGGAAGAAGAAAGAGAAGAAGGACAAGAAAAGUAAAAAAGAGGAGAAAGGCAAGAAAGGGAAAAACAAAGAUGGCCCCACUGUGGAGAUGCAGCCUCUCAAUGAGGAUGGAGAACCCGAGAAGAAGAAGGCAAAUCUUCCCAAGAAGGAGAAGUCGGUCCUUCAGGGGAAGCUGACCAAACUGGCGGUGCAGAUUGGCAAAGCAGGUCUGUUCAUGUCUGCUCUCACCGUCCUCAUCCUCAUCACUCGUUUCCUGAUCGACACCUUCUGGAUUCAGGCCGUCCCCUGGGCCAACGAGUGUCUGCCCAUCUACGUGCAGUUCCUGGUCAAGUUCUUCAUCAUCGGUGUGACGGUGCUGGUGGUGGCCGUGCCUGAAGGUCUCCCUCUGGCCGUCACCAUCUCUCUGGCCUAUUCUGUCAAGAAAAUGAUGAAGGACAACAACCUGGUCCGCCACCUGGACGCCUGUGAGACGAUGGGCAACGCCACGGCCAUCUGCUCCGACAAGACGGGCACGCUCACCAUGAACCGCAUGACGGUGGUGCAGGCCUACAUGGCAGGACGCUACAACAAGAAGGUGCCGGAGCCGGACCUGAUCCCCGCCAAGAUCCUGGACCUGCUCAUCCUGGGCAUCGGGGUCAACUGCGCCUACACCACCAAGAUUAUGCCUCCAGAGAAGGAGGGCGGGCUGCCCCGCCAGGUGGGAAACAAGACUGAAUGUGCCUUACUAGGAUUCGCCCUCGACCUGCACCGAGACUACCAGACCAUCCGCAACGAGAUCCCCGAGGAGAAGCUGUUCAAGGUGUACACCUUUAACUCAGUGAGGAAGUCCAUGAGCACCGUGCUGAAGAACUAUGACGGCAGCUACCGAAUGUUCAGCAAAGGAGCCUCUGAGAUCCUGCUCAGGAAGUGCUGUAAGAUCCUGACGGCCAGCGGCGAGGCCAAAGCCUUCAAACCUCGGGACAGAGACGAUUUGGUGAAGAAGGUGAUCGAGCCGAUGGCGUCGGAGGGCCUGAGGACCAUCUGCCUCGCCUACAGAGACUUUCCCUCCGCUGACGGAGAGCCAGACUGGGACGACGAAGGCCACAUCCUCACUGGCCUCACCUGCAUCGCUGUGGUCGGCAUCGAGGACCCUGUGCGACCUGAGGUACCAGAAGCCAUCAGAAAGUGUCAGCGGGCCGGCAUCACUGUCCGCAUGGUGACCGGAGACAACAUCAACACUGCCCGCGCCAUCGCAUCCAAAUGUGGCAUCCUGCAAGCUGGAGAUGACUUCCUGUGUCUGGAGGGCAAAGAGUUUAACCGACGGAUCCGCAACGAGCUGGGAGAGAUUGAGCAGGAGCGUAUUGAUAAGAUUUGGCCAAAGCUGAGAGUCCUCGCCAGAUCGUCUCCAACGGACAAACACACUCUGGUUAAAGGUAUCAUCGACAGCACGGUGCUGGAGCAGAGACAGGUCGUUGCGGUAACUGGAGACGGAACAAAUGAUGGACCCGCCCUCAAGAAAGCGGACGUCGGCUUCGCCAUGGGCAUCGCAGGUACGGACGUGGCGAAGGAGGCGUCUGACAUCAUCCUGACAGACGAUAACUUCAGCAGCAUCGUGAAGGCCGUGAUGUGGGGCAGGAACGUCUACGACAGCAUCUCCAAGUUCCUGCAGUUCCAGCUCACCGUCAACGUGGUCGCCGUCAUCGUGGCCUUCACCGGAGCCUGCAUCACCCAGGACUCUCCUCUGAAAGCCGUGCAGAUGCUGUGGGUCAACCUCAUCAUGGACACUUUCGCCUCGCUGGCUCUCGCCACUGAGCCGCCGACCGAGGCGCUGCUGCUCAGGAACCCGUACGGCCGCAAGAAGCCACUCAUCUCCCGCACCAUGAUGAAGAACAUCCUGGGACACGGCGUCUACCAGCUGACCAUCAUCUUCACCCUGCUCUUCCUGGGUGAGAAGAUAUUUGAUAUUGACAGCGGCAGGAACGCCCCCCUCCACGCCCCGCCCUCCGAGCACUACACCAUCGUCUUCAACACUUUCGUCCUGAUGCAGCUGUUCAACGAACUCAACGCCCGCAAGAUUCACGGCGAGCGGAACGUCUUCGAAGGCGUCUUCAACAACCCAAUCUUCUGCUCCAUCGUCAUGGGAACCUUCGUCAUUCAGUUCUUCAUCGUGCAGUUUGGCGGUAAACCGUUCAGCUGUGUGAGUCUGACCGUCGAGCAGUGGCUGUGGUGUGUCUUCCUGGGACUCGGCAGCCUCCUGUGGGGACAGCUGGUUUCCAGCAUCCCCACCAGCUGGCUGAAGUUCCUGAAGACAGCGGGUCACGGCACUCAGCGGGAGGAGAUCCCCGAGGAGGAGCUGGAGGAGAUGAAGGACCUGGAUGAGAUCGACCACGCCGAGAUGGAGAUGAGGAGGGGCCACGUGCUCUGGUGCCGCGGCCUCGGCCGCAUCCAGACGCAGAUCCGUGUGGUCAACGCCUUCAGAGACAGCGUUUCUCCUUAUGAAGGUCUGGAGACGCCGGAGUCUCGCAGCUCCAUCCACAACUUCAUGAGCCAACCUGAGUUCCGCAUCGAGGACUCGGAGCCUCAGAUCCCGCUCAUCGACGAGGCUGAUGGAGAAGACGACGCCCCCACCAAACGAAACUCCAUCUUCAUCCCGCCGCCGCUGACCACCCUGCCGCCCCUCUCGUCCCCGCCCAACCAGAACAACAACGCCAUGGAACGCGUCGUCCCGCUACAUAAAGACGGCUCCAGGUCCGGUCUGAUCACGCCCAACUCAGCGGGGCUGCCGCCGUGUCCGGGGAGCCCCCUGCACAGCCUGGAGACCUCGCUAUAAGCCCCGCCCCCUCAGGCCCGACCACUUCCUAUUUGUACUGAAUUUUGUUGCGACGGGAGUUCUUCCUCCGAGAGCCAAAGAAUGAAAAAACAUUUUCAAAACAGACUCGUCUGAUUGGUUCUCGUCAGGAGUUCACCUGCUGGGUUUUUAAUGUUUCCAGGUGUGUCUGUGUUUUCGUUCCGACACGGACGGAUGUUUCCUUCUUUACUGUAAUAGACAUGAACUCUGCAGUUGUUGUUUUAGGAGAAGAGUGUUCGUGAGGUGAUUGAUCAAUAAUCAGUUUCUGAUCUGUAAAUAUUGAUGUUCAGACGUAGUCAGAGCUCGUUUCUGAUGUGAGCCGACGUGACGAGUUCAGGUAGUUUUGUGUGAAGGAUUAAAUUCCGUGUAAAGCAAUAAUAAAUGUGUUCUGAGUUCACACCAAAGAAAAAUGUGUAAUUAACCAACAGCCAAAUUUGAGUGAUUAAAAAAAAAUCACCAAGUGUAUAAAAUUAGGUUUCAAAAUGAUCAAUAUUCUGAGCGAUAAAACGCUGGGGGCUCGUCCACUGAAGGCUUAAACCAAACUCCCAUAUAAAAAUACACCAUUUAAAAUAGGCCUUGUUUGUAGGUUUAAGGCAGCAACAUGGACGAUAUUUUAAUAAUAAAGUAACAUUAGGAGCCGCUGUUUAAUUCAGCACAUGUUUUGUAGGUAAAUGUGGAAUUGUUUCAGUAAAAAUGUAACUUAAAUGACUAGUUAACAAGCGAUUCAUCGCCUCAAUCACCAUUAUGUUAAAUUAUUGUUUUUUUUCAAUGGAGUUCGGUGCACUUAAUGUUACUCACUUCUCUGCUGGAAAGUCCUUGGCGGCUUCAUCGUGGCCGCCACCAUCGGAGUAAAAGCCUCUCACGCUGUGCUUUCUGGUGAAGCGGCGCCAGGUAAACGCCGUCCCUCUGGCCGGGGACGUCCCAGCCCGCACAGCCCCGGUGCUGAAGCCGAAGCCGCUGGCGGCUCCACCCGUCAACGGACGCUUCAGCUGGGGUUUUAAAAUAACUCGUCCAGCGCUAACGUUGACUGAAAAUGGCUCCGUUCACCAUUAACAGCUGAUUAUCUGAAGUGAAUCCCAGUUGUCUCCAAUGAAAGUUUGUAAAACUACCCGCUGUAAAAAUAGUAACUAUGAGUAUGUGCGCUCUAGUGUUUAUAUAUCUACGCCAUCGAUCCACCAUUUCAGUCCCGCCCAAACAUUCCUGAACACAGAAAUGGUGAAAAACAGUUUAAGGCUCAAACUGCACAGUUCAGUAAAACAUAGUUCAGUGUUUUCACAUGUUUUCAGCAAUUAUUUUCUAAUAUGUAUAAUGUGUUCAAAAGGAAAUUUCUCAUUUUCCUUCACAGACUUUAAGGAUCUGUGACAUGUUUAGAGUC